CGCUCCUCUUAACUCGGGGGAAUUGAAAAGGAAAAACAACUAGCAAAAAACCGCGUCCGCGAGCCUUCAAACCUCCCACUUCGCUGUUCCAGGUGGCAAAGACUGCUUCGGGAGGGGAAUGAGAGAGGAGAUCGCGGUCCGUGCCUGCGGCUCCGAGUUCUACUAGGCUUCGCGCCGGCUGUCCCAGACCGGGGGCUGCCCCGACCGAGGCGCUGGUGACCGUGACCGCAGCGUGAUGCACCCGGAGCCCGGCCCGGCGAUGCCCCAGCGCUGACUCGCCUAGCAGUCCCGCCGGCUUCUGUCCGCCGUGGGCUGGACAGCCAUCCAGCCGCCCUUCGGAACCUCCUCGCGGACAGAUACGGAUAGACACAGGGGGGCGGGGACUGGAGCGGUUAGGGUCUUUUCCCCCUUCACCUGCUGAGUCUCCAGGCCGUCCUGGACAGCUCUCCAUGGGGCUGCGGGCCUGGCUGAGGACGCUGUGCUGCUGCUGCCGGUGCAAAUGCCUGGAAGACCCGGACCUGCCUGAGAAGGAGCCCCUGCUCAGUGGCAACAAUCCCUACUCUUCUUUUGGAACAACUCUUGUAAGGGAUGAUGAGAAGAAUUUAUGGAGCAUUCCUCAUGAUGUAUCCCAUACGGAAGCAGAUGAUGAUAGGAUAUUAUAUAAUUUGAUUGUUGUUCGGAAUCAGCAGCCCAAAGAUUCAGAGGAAUGGCAAAAACUCAACUACGAUAUCUACACUUUACGGAGAACUCGAAGAGAAGUGAGAAAUAGAUGGAAACGCAUUUUGGAAGAUUUAGGCUUUCAGAAGGAAGCAGAUUCCUUGUUAUCAGUGACUAAACUCAGCACCAUCAGUGACUCUCAAAAUACAAGAAAAGCACGGGAGAUAUUGUUAAAACUUGCUGAAGAGACAAAUAUUUUUCCAACAAAUUGGGAGCUCUCAGAAAGAUACCUCUUUGUGGUGGAUCGUCUCAUUAUUCUUGAUGCUGCAGAAGAAUUUUUUAAAAUGGCCAGCCUCAUUUAUCCCAAAAAACCUGGACUGACCUACUUGGCCGAUGGCCAUAAGGAAUCACCUUACCUUCCGUUUCCAAGCCCCUAAAGAGAUGAACCUGGAACAGAACUUGAAUUUUUCCCUGGGGAAUCAGGGCAACCAGCCAAAGUACCAUGGAUUUUCUUUGGAGAAUUACAAGUAGGAAGGAGACAAAGGGAGAGAAUUAGAAAAAUGUCUGUGGUAUGAUUAAUUCAUUUAUCUGUGUGCAGAAGGAUGUGGAACCCUGCUCAGCUCUAAGGAAAAACUAAAACUAGCCCUAGUAUGGAUCUUGUUCUAGGAGAUAUUACAAGGAGGAUUGUAAUCCUUAGUUAGGGGACUCACUUUAUGUGUUUAAAUCAUCAGGGAGACUUCAUAGUCUCAGUUCUUCCUUUGGAGAACUUCAGACUCUGCUGAUUUCCAUAAAAGGAAAAUUCAGUAAUUCAAUAAAUUAAAAAUAAAUGCCUCCAUAUGCAAAGUACAGUCUUAGGCACUGAUAGAGACAAAGAUGAAUAAUACUUGGGUUCUGCUCUCAGAUAGCUCACAGUCUAGUGGGGAAUGGGGCAACAGACCAAGUAAAUGAAUCUUAGUUGAUAGGAAGCUGCUGGUUAUCCCAUGGCAGGAUGAACUAUUUUCAAAUAGUGUACAAUAAAAUCUGCUGAACCCAACAACAAAUCUAAACCUAAUGUGGUUUAAUUUUUCUUUGAUCAUUCAGAAAACAUUCCUCAUGGUGCCUCAGGACUAUAACUAGUUAACAUUACUUUUUAUGCAAAAAGGAUGUUGGGCCAGUUAUUAGAAAUAAUAUAUAUUAUAUAAUAUAUAUUAUGUAUAGAAAUCCUGGUUUGGAAACAGAUUUCUAAAGUGAGGUUAGUCCAAAAGUGCUGGAGGAGUGCUGGAGAUACUCAAAUAGUUAGGGAGUGUGUAAAGGGGAUUACUUUUUAGGUAGGAGCAGGAAUAUAUUAACUUUGAGGUUCCUUCCAAUUAUGAUCUUCUAUCCUUCCCAGUUACUAGGUUGCUAGAAAGCUUGAGUAUACUGUUAGAGAGAUGAAAAAUCUGGCCCUUCCUUAUAUGUGAAUACAGAAAGAACAAUUUCUUGAAUCUAAUGAUAUCAGAUUACCUCAUUCUCCCCAUUAUCUAUAAAAGUCAGAAAGAUAACUAAUGAAAAGCCUUUUAUAAAACCAGAUUUAAUCAUUUUGUUUCAUGUCCAAUAGAAUGUAAGCCCCAAGAAAGCAAAUAUGUAUUUUUUUUGUCUAGCAGAAACCGUAUCAGAGGUGCUUAAUAAAUCAUCUUGAAUUGUUGCCAUCUGUCAACUGAAAUAGAUUAAUGUUGGGUUUUGUUUUGCUUUUUUAUGCGUUGCCCAUAUUCUUUCAUUUCUUUCUUAGCAGUGAUGCUUAAUAGACAAUGAUUGUCCCCUAAGGAAGAGGCAAAGUACUUUUGUUUACUUGCAUGGGCUGCCCUUGACCUGGGAGUCUGCAGCCUAACUGCCAUGGCUAUGUCUGAGACCUUGUUUUGUCUUCUGUUUUGAAGGGAUGCUCAAUGCAAUAACACAGUCUGGCAAAUCCUUUUCAAUCACCAACAUUUAAAAUGCUCCUUAGAUAACUGAGAAAUGAGCCUUGAAAUCUGAUUGCCCAGUUUGCUUACAUAAGUGAGCCCCUUACAUUGACUCCCUUUUAAAUAAGAGCAUUUUAUUUUAAAAGUUUUAAAAGUAUCUGGGAUUUAUUAACUGAUUACUGUGUAAAACUGUAGCGCUUGUAAUUUUUUUAUUUUAAAUUCAACUUCCACAUAGUUGACCCCAGUUUAAACUAUGCUGCCUGUUUAGUUUCUCCAAGAGAUUGUGUCUUGAUUAUUUUUUUUUUACUCUAGCUUUCUCUUUUGUCAAUUCAAUGCAUUUUGUAGAAGAAAUUAAGACUAUUGCUGUAUGACCCACUGAAAUGAUAUAUCAGUUAAAUAUAACUGAUUCAAUAAGCAGCAAAAUAGAAGACUUGCUUCUUUAAGAACUCAACUUAGAUAUAUUUCUAAAGGCAACUUUCUCAUCAUGUCUCUGUGUUAUUCCAACAUAGGCUUGCUUAUGUGGGGAAGGAAAAAAAGACUUUGAAAAGGAAAUUGUUUUUAUCUCAGUCCUUGAUUUUCUCUUUUAUGCUUUCUGUCUUUUUGUUUUCUGAAUAGAGGAGAUUGGUUGCAUUUAUGGAAAACAUAAGGCUUUUAAGUAACUAUUCUUUUACUUAUGGUAAUGAAAUGCAACUCUGAUUAUAAAAACAUACUAAAUUAUACAAUUGUUUUUUCUCGAAGAUGCUAAUGGGUUUUUAUAUAUGUACCUCUCAUUUAUUUUCAUGAUAUUUCUGUGGAAUACACAACAGCAGAGAAUAUAUAUCAAUCUCUUUUCCUUUUCCAUUGUAUUCUGUAAUUUUUAGAUAUAGACAUAGAGAUAUAGAGCGAGUCAUAACUUGCCAUUAUUUUUGUACCUGGAGCAAGCAAUACAAAAUAUACACAAGGCCAGUAGCACAAAAUGCUUCAAAUCAG